AAUUUUGUACUUAAAAUAACCAAAACGUUCCCAAAUAUUUCCAACUGCUUUGAUCUUGUUGGUUUUUCACUUUUCUCACAAAUUUUCUUGACGAUUGAGACAUUGAAUUACCAAAGAUAGGAAGUUUGAGUUGUUGUUAAUUUGGGGCAUAGGCAGAUUUAGCAAGAAUUGAGUCGCUGGAGAAUUGAGAAAGAUUGUUUGGAAGGAAGCCAUGGAAGCUUAUAAGAGAUGGGUUCGGAGAAACAAGGAGUAUCUUCAUUCAAUCGAGUCUCUUGCUAAUGGAUUGACUUGGCUUCUUCCGGAGAGAUUUGCUGAGUCGGAAAUCAUACCAGAAGCAGUAACAUCGAUAUUGGGUAUAAUGACUACUGUCAAUGGACAUAUAAUUGAAACAACUCCAUCCAACGCACACGUAAAACCUCAGGAAUGUUCUUCUUUUCCAUACUCUUUGUGUUUGACUUUGAUGAAAGACGUGGAAACUUUGGUUGAAGUUAUAGCAGAACAGUUUUAUGGUGAUGAUAAUAAAUGGAAUUUCAUCGCUGUUACAGAGGCCGCAAAGGUACUAGCUAGACUAGCUUUAUUGCGUAAUAGCGGGUACAAAAUGUUGUUGCAAGGAGGGGAGACGAUAAACGAUGGAAAAGAUCCAAAUGAUGCAAACCAACCGCAAACACAUAUACGAUUAUCACAAAAAUGGCAAGACGGUAAUUUCACUCUUGAAGGAAGGGCUCUCUCUGCAUUGAGUAUGUUCGGUGAAAAUGCUAGGAUGAUUUCCAAUCCAACAUGGGUUCACAGUGCUGAACAUCAUCAACGUGCAACCGUCGAGCUUCCUGAAACCGACAUAAAAAGACCGACCCUCUUGAGUAUCUUGACUGAAAAAGGCCUUACCGGGGGACUAAUGUUAACGGGGGAGGUGAUGUUUAUUGCAAGACCGCUUGUUUAUGUUUUAUUAAUAAGAAAAUACGGGCCCCGGUCAUGGCUCCCGUGGUUCAUCUCUUUGACUAUUGACCUCAUUGGGAUGAGUUCAUCAACGAUGUCAUUGAUUGGUCAUAAAGACAGGAGGCUUCGUCUAUCCGAUCCUGAGAAGGAUGAGUUGAGAAGGCGAAAACUGUGGUUGGCUUUUUACCUUAUGAGAGAUCCGUGUUUUGGCAAAUACACACGUCAAAGAUUGGAAAGUGCUGAGAAAACGUUGGAACAUGUCCCCGUUGUUGGAUUUUUCGCAGCGAAGUUGAUCGAGCUUUUGGUUGGAGCCCAAACGCGUUACACUUACAUGUCUGGUUCUUGAGACAUAUACGAAACAAAGUGGUAUGUUAUGUGCUUCAAACUAGAAGUAUUAUAAAUAGUUUGAUAUGUAUGUUUAAGCGGCAUUCAUAUUCAAGUUCUUUUUUCAUAACGUUUUCUCAUGGAAUUAUGAAUAUGAUUUUAUGGCAUAAUGAUGUUUCAUUAACUUUUUCGACGCGAUC